CAGGGGGUGUUCCAGCGCCGAUCCAAGAAAUCCACGGGGACCUCCGAAGAUUCCUGCUUACGUUUGGGUUUGUUCCUUCUACUCCGCCUCCCGCAACUUGGUUCUUUGGGUCUUCUUGCAGUUCCCUACACCAGCAGGGCACUUAGUUGUAUUUCUCGAUUCUGUGCCUAAGCGCCGUGCCAAGGACUGGCGCGUGGCUUCUUUACUUGGGUUGGUCCCUCGAAUGCACCGCCAUUCCCAGCCGAGGCCCUGGAAUGGUGUACGCGCCCUGCUUGCUGAGGCCAGGAGGGCUUGUGCCGCAUUCUGAGGCCCAGGAUGCCCCUGGCCAGCUUGUGCCGCAUUCCCUUCGUCCAGGACAGGGCGGAUACCCGCUCACGCAGAUUCACUUGGCCAGGGACGUGCUGGAGUUCGCGAUGAGGAUGGUUCACGCCACCGCGGCCUGGUCCCAGGACCUCGGCGGGGACGAGGACGUGACGUGCAGGGUCGGCGUUCACACCGGCCCCUGCGUCGGGGGCAUCGUGGGAAACGACAUGCAGCGCUACCACCUCUUCGGCCCGUUGACUACCUGCCUGGAAGUUCUGGAGUCCACUUCUCAUCCUGGGAGGGUGCACGUGAGCAGGGCGUGCAAGGAGGCCGUGGAGUCGUGGCAGCGGGGCCACGAGUCCAGGGGGGAUGCACCGACCCUCCAUUUCGAGGUCCGCACGGGCGAGGGGCUGCUGGGGGCCAAGGGCGACGUGUACCCCUUCUCGGCCGCAGGCGUGGCCCGCUCCGAUCCGAUCGGUCCGGUUGAAAGAGCACUUUCUGCCGCCACUGGCACCCCCCCCGCAGUUCGAAGCAGCGGGGGGGCACAGUAG